AUGGGAAGGCCCUGGAUCAUCCUGGCUCUUUUGGGUCUUGUCCAGAUAACUGUCGUCUAUGCACAGCUGGUCAUCGAACCAACAGCCCAGGAAGUAGUGGAUGCAGCCCUCGAGGCCCUCGGCGGUACCGGUCCGAUCAGUCAACUCAAAGGAAUUACUUUCCAUGCACCAAAGUUAGACUCUCGAAUAGCCGAUACAUCGGUCAUGAUAUCUGGGUCCCAGAACAUCUCUUAUAGGCUUGACCUUGAUGUUUUGCAACAGAGAAUCGACCGCCAUGCGACCCCUUCAAACUCGUGGUCUUGGGGUUCGCCUGAUCUUAAACCAGUUGACUUUUCGCUUGUCGUACAUGAUGGGGCAGAUGGUUUCGCAUGUUAUGUCAAAGGAAACAACAUGAUCCAUAUGACAGAGAAUGUCACAUUCGGUUACACAGAUGCUGCUCUCACUCGAAAUCUUGCCAUCGAGGCUCGAAUGCUGUCCCCUCAUCUUUUAUACCACAUGAGAAACUCCACGUCUGUGUCUUCGAAUUUGCCAUACAUUGUACGCUCGACAGAGGCCCACCCAAUUUACGGAGACGCAAAAAAGGAUUUGUACCUCUCUGAUUACAAGAAGGUCGAGGGCAUCAGAUUCCCGCAACUUGUCCAAACUAUCUACAACUCGACCCGGCAGCGUCUCAGUGCCGUUCUAGAAGACUUUCGCAUCGAACAAGUCACUCUCAACCCGGACUUUCCCAAUGGAUACUUCGAUGGAAUUCCUGAAGAUCAGAGCUUGGGGCCAAAAACUCCACCUGCUACCUCGUCCCAUAUGAUCUUGGAAGGCCUUGUGACUGAUUAUAGUUCCAGUAUGCUCGGAUCGGGUGUCGUUCAAGAACCAUUGAAGAUCAUUCGAGCUGAAAACCCAGUUCGCGGUCUACCUCAGGUACACUGGCUUGUUCUCAACGACAGCGAUGAACUCGGGUUCAAGAUAGUCAUCAUCGAGUUUGACCACGAAGUGAUUCUUUGCGAUGCUCCACCAGGAUGGGGUGAAACAAUCAAGCAUUGGGUUGCAGAGAACAUCAAGAAACGCAUCACCUUUGUUGCACCUUCACAUCAUCAUCGCGACCACUCUGGUGGAGUUCCCGAAUUCACCAUGGCCGGUGCCAGGUUAAUUAUCCCCGAGAUCGCUGCAGAUUAUUGGUCUAGUGUCCCUUCAGCUUCGUUUAAUACAUUCAAUCAAAGCCAUCCUUAUAAACAUACCGACGGCAAAAUCGUGGCUUGGUUCAACUGGGUAGCCCAAGGACCACAUGCUUCUGAUUGGACGUAUGUCGUUAUCACGGAGUUGUGUCCUUCUGCCGACUCGCCUGUGGUAGCAUUCGAAGCCGAUUGUUGGGAGGCUGGGCUGGAUGCUGAGCUUUCAAAUCAGGGCCAAAUGAGACAGUGGUUGGACCAGAUUUCCUCAGAUGGUCUACCUCGACACACAAUAGUCUUCCCUUCUCAUGGAAGGAUAACUCCAUUGGAGCAGCUUCUUGAGAUUACGGCCUACCCGUAUCCCAAUUUUGACGUUACGAACUGGAGGAAUGGGGCGGCAAUCUGUAGUUAG